AGUGAGGCUGUGGAGAGGGGGACUGGGAGGAAAGAAUUAGAAAAGAGUAGAGAGAAGGGACAUUGUAUUUGGCUUCACUAUGCUGUUGCAUCUGACAAAAAUACUACAGUGUUCAGAAAGUACGACCUCUUACUGCUCUUCUGUACUCUUUCUUCUCACUUUUUCCAUCUCUCACCACCUCUCCUUGUCUUUCUCUCUGUCUGUUUUCAGUCAGAGAGAUGAGGUUUUCUAGUAAACCUGCAGACAGAUUUGGAAACUGCUGCUUCUCUCACCACAUAAGGAAUCUGGAUAGAUCAGCCUGGAGCCAAACUACAGCUGCAUGCCACCUUUACAGGCACUAAGUCGUCUACGAUGAAGAAGGAGUGAGAGACUGAGUGAGAGAGAUAGGAAGAGGAGCUGAAACAGUGGAGAGAAGUCCACUAUUGUGGCUGGAGGAAGCUGACAAGGCUAUGAAAGGUUUGUCCAUCACUCUACAUUCAGCUCACUCCACUUGGUGAAGAUGUAGUCUCUUGAAUUUCUAUGGAGAUGUCUCUGAACACCAUCUCCUCAGCCUUGCUGCCAUGGUCAUUGUGCUUGCUGUUCUUCCAGACCCCUUCCAGUCAGGUGACAAGCUCUGUCCCAACAUAUGUCACUUCUCUGCCAGUCAAUACCACAUUGUUGUUCGAUAGCGGCAACCUUCGUAAUUGUAGCUGCUCUACACUGGUUCGGGACUGUGAUGAGACUCUAGCCAACUCGAUGUGCAGAUGCCACACGGUUCUACGCUCCUCCCUGUCCCCUGCUCAACUCAGAGAACCUGGACAACUCACUGUCUGGGUAAAGGAACUCUGGGUCCUAGAAGAGCUGCUAAACAGCAGCAUGGUUGGUCAUUUAUGGUUAUCAUUUUGUGGAAUAAAACCAGUAAACAGUCAGUUUUUGGCUCUGCUAGGUCUACAGACUCUCAGGAUACACAGCACAGCACCAAAAGCUUCCUACCCCAACCAGGAAAUUAUCGUCUCUCCCCCAGCAGGGGUUGCAGCAGAUCUGGAGGCCCACUCCUUUGACUUCCUCUCCUCCUUUCACAUGACCUUUCUAGAUGUAGCAGUGCUCAAUGGGCUCUCUGCCCUGAAGGUUUACAGUGUGGCCGGACCACUUGCCUCUGCCUUCUCCCAGCACUUCCCCCACUUGGCCUUGCCCUGCUCUCUGUUAUACUCUGCUGCUUCUGAUCCUGUGGAACCCAGUGAGCAAACUGCAGAACCUCUACAGGACUUGCUCAUUACAUUUGUGUACUAACAGCUACUCAUUUAAAGACCAGGUCAAGACCAAGGCCAGUUCUUCAGUUCAAGUAACAAAAGAAGUGCAGGAAUUAUAUUUUUGUUCUCCUUUGCAAAGGAAAAGUUGCACAUCUGUGUUUGUGGAAUAUAUUGCAUUUCGUAUGACUGGAUGCUCUGCUGUCAUUCUGGCCUAAAUGUGGAAUUGACUUGUGAUUCAGGAGAGGCUGAUGUAUUUGUCUACCUGAUGCAUUAUUAUCAAGGAAACAACUGACUUUGAUGUUUUACGUGUGCUACCUUCCUGCUGCUGUGAUUCUAUCCAUGAGCGGAAUUGCUUUAGAAAUUUCUACACCUAAAAUGUAGAUUGGCAUAAGGUUUAGGAAUGUUUAAACCGGCUAGUUUUCUAAUAUGUCAGAUCACAACAGAUCUGAUCUGAUUAGAAUCACAUCUUUGCUUGUUAACUUUCUGGAACAGCUGCACUUACAGGUGUAUUUACAUAUACAAAACAUUAUCUCAUAUUGUUCUGACAGUUCCCAGUGACAGAGGAGUGUUAUACAUGCACGUUCAUGUUCUAAUUUCAAAGGUUUGUUGCACUUGAGGCACCCAAUAAUUUAAUUUAACGAGUAAAUUUCUUUUUUAAAAAUAGAAGAAGUAUAAGUUGUAACUGAUGGCUUCAUUAAAUGGUUAAAUUAAUUAGUCUAAAUCCAGUCCUUUUUAGAUCACUUGGAAGCUAUUAAUUACCAGUAGUGGUUUGCUAGAUUGUCAAACAAGUCCAUUUGGCAGAUUGUUAAUAAUGCUCUUCUAAAUAUUCAUUAUCGACUGCUUAAUGGGAUCCCACUUUUUAAUUAGUUACUGUAUAAAGCAUUAGAAAUUAUUUAGUGGAGAUCAAUAAAGCCAAAAAUAACAGCUCAGACACCCUGUAUAAAAGGAGCCUCAUAAGGAAAUUGCAUCAAAUAGGUCACUAACAGCCAAACAUAUUUUAACAAUCUGGCAUCCCCUAACUUUUCAUUAUUAGUAACUUCAAACUGAAACAUUAGCACAUGAUUUAUUAACCACAAAUAAAAUCACUAAUUACAAAUGCUUUAUAAAUGGUGAAUUAGAAUUAGAAAGUGGUACCCAUAUAUUUUUGGAGACACAAAUGACUGUGUGGAAAAAUAGAUAUAGUAAAAGCAAAUGGUAAAUGGGUUGAGGUGUCACCAUGAUUCAUUAUUGGCAAAAUCCAACUGUUGCUUCAGUUUCUCAUAGUCUGCUCUUAAAUGGAGUACUUCUUGUAUCAAUAAUCUGCAGAUGUCUUUGUUAACAUUACUCUUUGUGGAUAAUGGCCUGAAAAUAUUUGUCAACUGUUUACUGUCUCCUCAACCUACAUUUGAUCCAGAUGACAGGUUGUGAGAAGAAGCUGGUUUUGGCAGACCUGAGAAAGUACCAAAAAUCUGCACAUUGUCUGUUUCUGAACCUUUCUGAUAAUGGUCUGAGGACUGAAAUUUUAUUUAAAAAUGUACAAGUGAUCUCCAGUGAGCAGGACUUUGUGAUCUUUUUCACAGUUACAGUCUUUAUGAAGACUUCCAGGAGAACAAGAACUAUAUGUGUUACUGAGUUACCAGCAUACUUGUCACCGAAAAUUGUCUGGUAUGAUGAGAUAUCAAUCAAACAUUUGAUAAAUGAUGGCGUAGUGGUAAGCACGUUUGCCUUGCAGCAAGAAGAUCCCCGGUUCAAAUCCCGGGGUGGGCCUGGGAUCUUUCUGCAUGGAGUUUGCAUGUUCUCUCUGUGCAUGUGUGGGUUUUCUCUGGGUACUCCGGCUUCCUCCCACAGUCCAAAAACAUGCUGAGGUUAAUUGAUGACUCUAAAUUGCCCGUAGGUGUGAAUGUGCGAGUGAUUGUUUGUCUGUAUAUGUAGCCCUGUGACAGACUGGCGAUCUGUCCAGGGUGUCCCCGGCCUUUGCCCCGAGUCAGCUGGGAUAGGCUCCAGCACCCCCUGUGACCCUAGUGAGGAUAAAGCGGUGUAUAGAGAAUGGAUGGAUGACUGUAAAUGUAUCAGCACAGCUGUGCAGACAGACUAUGCUCUGAUCUGCCUUCUGGAACAAUAUCUAAAACAACCCACAUGCUUGUUUUCUGUGAAAGAUGAGAUGUUUAAUUCUUGCUGUAAAGUGGGUGUUGGCUCUUUCUCCUCUGCUCUCAUUCAGGUGUUGUCACAUAUUACAGAACACCAGGAUAGCACUGACAGCAGGGAGGAGGCCUUUGACUGGACCUGGAGUUGAGUUCUUAUACUUAACAUGCAGUAGACCUGACUAUUUCAAAUUUUCAUACCUUUUUUGAUAGUUAAUAUUAUGUUUUAAUUAAAUGAUUCAUUGUUAAAUUGUGUUAUUUGAAAUUAUCAAAAAUUAACAAAAAUUGCAUCAAAGGGUAGCAUUGUUUCUGUGACACAUUUGAGUCCAUCAAACAAGACUAUAUCUAAUGAAAAGUGAACUUUACAUAAUAUGCUCUUUCAGUAACAUUUUGUGCCUUGUGUUACACCUGCUACAUGUUAAAAUAGUAUACAGGACAGUGCAAAAAAGCAGGGUGUACUGUGGCAGCUGACUGCAGUGAGGGCUGGCUAGAACACUAGUAGAGAAUCUAAAGUUGGGUCAGAGCCUGCACCAGAGCUGAAUAAUGCUAUUUUGUCUGAGAGGAAGCUCUAGGUGCUUUGUAUUUUAAAACAUAAAUUAUAGUAAGUACUGACUGUUGUCAAGAUAUAAGAACAACAGCUGAAAAAAACAUGAUUGUAUAAAAAGAAAAGACAAAAAUAGAGAAGACAAGGACUGUGUCAGUAUGCUGUGGUAUGAGCCAACUGAGAGGCUCAGUAGGCUCACUGUUAUGAAGACUACAUUCUGCUGCUGCGUUUUUCCAGCUGGUCUUAUUGAAUGCAGAUGGCCUAAUAAAACAAGCUGUUUUGAAACAGGUUAAAAUGGACGCCCAAUGAACAAGAGUCCCACAGUUAGGAUCCUCUGUUACUCAGCAACAAAUCUUACUCUGUUUGGAUAAAUAUAUUAAAAUGAUGACUGUGACUCUGUUGACCUGGAUGAGUUGUGCAGUUUUUAACCCACCUAAAGCAAUGUUAGUGGGGCUCUGUAAGGGAAGAGUGGGACAUCAAAAGAGGUAUGCCCAAAAUCCAUGAUUUAGUACAGCUGGUUGUCAGAAGUUCAGGAAAGAAACACGUUUUUGUUUUAAAGUACUCUAAGCAAAUGAGAGUAGAGUUGGAAAAUCAUUUGGGAAAAGAAUGCAGUUUUGCUCCUCUAUGAUUUCAAGCUCUUACUCUUUCUCAUGCCCUGUAAGAAGGUGUGUGUGUGUGUGUGUGACCUGAUCCCUGGUAGUGGCAGAUACUUCUCCCUUUCCUCCUUCUCUUUCCUAGGUGGAUGUGUGUGUGAAUUGUGGUAUAUGGACAGGUGCUGCCAGUUGCAAUCAGCAGAGCUGGUGCACAAGCUGGUGGGAAUGAUCACUACACUUAUCUCCCAUAAAGAGCCAGACACUGCCACUACUUGUUGCUGGAUUCUAAUGAUACCUCAUACCAAACUCCUGCCUGCUAGUCUAGUCAAUUCUUCUGCACCUGUUAACCUUGGAUCACUGGAUUCUCUCCUCAUUGCUGCUUCACCGUCAAGAUUCCUGGCUUUCCUGCAUCUGCUGCGGCACCUGUCCAAUGACAGCGGCUACAGCCUUGCCGCCCGGCACCUUCGCCUGCCUCACAUCUCCGGCUCCCCUUUCAGCUAUGUUUCCCACUCACUUUCCGAGUCUGUUAAGUCCUAGUACUCAGAUUCCUCAGUAGUCCUGAGUUAACUACUGUUUCUGUUUAAUUUCAUGACUUGGUAGCACCAUGUAUGGGUUAGUUCAGUUUUCUAUCCUAGUUUUGUUAUACUAGUCUAGUUCUCCCCAACAAAUCUCUGGAGUGAAAAAUCUGCCAAACAAAAGAGUGAAAGUGUUAAAUUAGUGCAGUUUAUUUUUUAACUCUAACUCCAGCUUGUGUUGACUGAUGCUGUCAGUAUGUUUCGGAGUGCAUUCGGUGGGUGUUCAGGAGCCUAAUUAAAAACCCUCCUGGAGUUCAUGUUUAACUGUCCAUGACUCCAACCUGCACACAACAAGCUGAAACUAAACUUUGUAGUGAGGUAAGACUGAGCCUUUUUUUUUUUGCACUUUUUCUUAACUCUUAAAAAUUUGCUAGGUACAGCUUGCAUAGGGUUUUUGUUGAAGUUCAUACACUAAGUAUGCUUCAGGGCCAUGCAGAGGCCUUUGGAGGGGCAGGUGCUCAAAGAUAAAGGGGGCACAUGGAGCACAAAUUUGAAACAUCCCUUACAAUAUAACUGGCUGAAUUGUAGUAACCCAUAUUCACAUAGUAUGUAACAUGGAAACAGUGGCACAAGGGUUAAGUGUCUGGACUUACUGAUCAGGAGGUCAGUAGUUCAAACUCUGAUGUGGCCAUCACCGAUAUCAUCGGCCCACUUGCAUAAAACUCUUCAACUAGAAGCAUUCAUAUCCAUUAAUGAGUUUGAGAGUUCCAUAAAGAAUAUAGUGGAGGGGGAAUGUCAAUGUUUAUCUUGAGAGAUUGCUGUCAAUUUGUUUUACUGUUUAUUUGUGUGUCAUCUGUUUAACAUAACUUUAAAAUUUUGUAUGACUGCUUCCUUGGCUAGGUCUCACUUGCACAAAAGUUUUCUAAUCCCAAUGGGACUCCCUGGUUAAAUAAAGGUAAAUCAAUUAGUAUAGAAAGUCUAAGUGGUUGGUUUUUAGUUUCACAUAAAAGCAAAUACCUACUACUCAUCUUAGAAAUAAUGCAAUAUGCUGUAAUGUGAUACUAAAGAAUUUGACAUUAAAGUGAUAUUGCAAAUG